UCACUUCAUCGAAAAACAUGGCCGCGUCCACGGAUGUUCCUGAAUCCGGCGCUCAAGGUUCAAGCCCUUCUAGUUUCAAUGUUGAUGAUGCCCAACAUUUCCAGUAUAGUAUGCUUCUGGAACAUCUUAUCGGCGAUAGGAGGCCGAUCAAAGAUCUUAAUCCAGCCGUCAUGGCGGGACUUCCAGUUCCUUAUAAAAGCGACGAGCAGAAGAUGAUCGAGCGAGCAAUGGAAAGCUGUACCUUUAAGGCAGCUCUAGCAUGUGUUGGAGGAUUCGUCCUUGGUGGAGCUUUUGGUGUGUUCACAGCGGGUAUCGACACCAACGUGGGCUUCGACCCCAAGGACCCCAUGAGAACUCCAACAGCACGCGAGGUCCUCAAAGACAUGGGCCAGAGAGGGAUGUCAUACGCCAAGAACUUCGCUAUGAUCGGCGCCAUGUUCUCAUGCACAGAAUGCGUCAUAGAAUCAUACAGGGGAAAGUCGGACUGGAAGAAUGCAAUCUACAGUGGCUGUGUCACCGGGGGAGUCAUAGGAUUCCGUGCCGGGCUGAAGGCAGGAGUGUUUGGGUGUGGAGGGUUCGCUGCCUUCUCUGCAGCCAUCGAGUAUUACCUGCGGUGAGACCGGGCUGGGACUUGGGACUCUAUGGGCCUUUUCAUUCUGCCCCAACGCCAUGAACCAGGAUGAAGAUGUGACUGUUUUUCUCACCUUGAACAAGUCUCGGCGUGGAUGAGGAAUGAUAUGCAGUAAGAGGAGGAUCAGACCGGAUCAAAGCUUGUCAUCACUUCAUGCAGAAUUCUGAUUGGACGAUUUUAUUUUUUGGUCAAAAGGUCUGUGUAUUAGUUUGCACACUGUGUGGUGCAAUGGUUGCCCUAUGGUGGUCCAGAGAGUAGGCGUGCAUCGUUUACCUGAUGUCUUUCAAAGUUGACCCCUUUGAUAUGUAUGUUAAUAAUAUAUAUGUGAAUGAAUCUGUUGGACCAUUUACACAAUUAAAAAUGACUACACGAGCGGAUGAAAACUGUAAUGGUCUUACAUUUAGCCUGUAAUUAAUGUCUGUAAAAAAACAGUUUGUUUUCCAGUAACAUAUUGGAAUUGUGAAUUUCAUGUGGAUAAAGUCGUUAGUUUAUCCCUGAUUUGCAAAUGUCAUUGUACAUCUUGAAUCUAUUAUACAUGUAUAAACAUAAA